AUGUCGUCAGGUGGUACCAUUCCUCCGCCAUUGGUACAGUUCUCUCAAGCCAAUUCCUUUAAUCCGAGCGCUUUGAGCAGCCUAUUCAACGGAUCUCAGGGCCAAAACGAAAACAUCUUUGCUGCUUUGAUGGCUCGGAAUGAGCUUAAUGUAAGUUAAAAUUUGGCAUUUUAAAAAUUUUUUUAAUUUCGAAAUUUUAAAAAUAAAAAAAGUUUUAAAUUUAAAAAAUGCAAAAAAGGUAAAAUACGGGCAUUUAAAUUUUCUUAAAUUAAAUAUUUUGAAUUUUAAGUAUUACAAAUCAUUUUAAGCACUGUGCAACACUUAUAUUCAACUGCACUGUGCAAUUUUUUUAAAAACUUUUUUUUAAAUUUUUUGAAAAAGUUUUUAUUGCAGUGCUAUAUAGUAUGAAAGACGUUCAAUAGUACAAUAAUAUACAUCAAAAAGUUUUUUAUUACUUUACUUUUAACAAUUUUACCGCGACCCUUAGUUCAUGCACGGUGCAGUUUAGACAAGUCACUGCAUUGUGCAUAUUUUUAAAAAUGUAAAACAAAGGUAGGUUAGUAUAAUAUAUCAUUAGAAUGCUGUUUUAAAGUAGUUUCUUAUCGUGUUUUCAAAAAUUACAUUGUUGCCAUUUCAAAAAUUUUGGCACGCUUUUAAUUCUUUGCACUGAGCAAGCUCAUUUUUGGCUGCACUGUGCAGAUUUUUUGUAAUUUUUAAAUUUCAAAUUUAAAGUCUGAAAAAAUUUGUUUUUUAUAAAUUUAUUUUUAUUUGAUUAUGACAUUUUAGGAAAACAAGAAAGAGAAGGAAACAUCGCCCGACUUCAACGAUUCCUUCAAGCAAGAACUCGACCGGUCGUCUUUCAAGGAGGAUGACAAUACUCAAAAUGUAAGGGAAAUGUGUAAAAUACGAUUUUUAGAUAUUUUGUACAUUUUUUUAAAAAUUUUAAAAAUUUUAAAAAUUUUUUAAAAUUAAAAAAUUUUAAAAUUUAAUUCGUAUUUUAGGACCUAGAAAGCCUAGAAGAGUACGAAAUAGAAAAGCCAGAAGGCUUCACCGAAGAAACGUCUCAGAAGCCAGAGAACGGUAAUGAGCGACACUCAGCCAUGUCCAGUAGCUCAUCGUCGAAGAGAAAACGCUUCCAUCCUCAACGAACCCUGACUGUAGAAGAAGAUAGUCAAGAUGAUUAUGAUGAAGGACCACCGGUUAUUGACGAAGAAGAACCUCAGGACAAUCAAGGUAGGAAGGGAGUUUUGUUUUAAAGAAGGUUAUUAUAGGGUAGGAUACUGUAAUUCUGAGGGGAGCGAGGAAGGAUAGGGUACUGUAAUUCUGGGGGGGGGGAGGGAAGGUUAGGGUAUAAAAGAAAGGGUAGGGCAAGGCCAGGCCAGGCAAGAUGGGGUAAAAAAAGAAAGGGUAGGAGAGGAUAGGGGAGGGUGGGGGUACCGUAAUUCCGGGGGGGGCGAAGCGCAGGGUAGGGCAGGACAAGCUAGGGUAAAAAAGGAAGGGCAGGAGAGGAGAAGGCAGGGUGGGGUGUGUUGAGCUACAGUAUGGCUACUGUAAGCCUAUGGUAAGGAAUGAUGGGACUAGAGUGGGGAUACGGUAGGAUUAUGAAACGACUACGGUAGGUAGGGUAGGGUACGGUAGGGUACGGUAGGGUACGGUAGGGUACGGUAGAGUACGGUAGUGUAGGGUAUGGUAUGGUAGAAAAAAAGUAGCCCUAGAAAAUUUUUUAAAAUGCAGAAACUUUCUUUCCACUACUAAAAACCUCAUUUUUCAGAUUCCGACGAUGAAAUCAAAGAAGAACGGCACAGCACAUCCAACCGUUCUGCUCAGCCAGAAUUCAAUCCCUUUAAUAUGGCAGCACACUUAGCGGCCCAAAAUGUGAAUAUGAACAAAUUCCGAGAAUUUAUGGAAGCGCAAAAACGAGUGUACAGCGCCUUAGGCAAUCAACAAGAUAACGAACUGCAAAAAGAGGUUUGCAAUAGAUUAUUGGCCAAAUUCUCGCAAGCCUUGAAGGAUGAACUUAUGAAUUCGGUUCAGAAUAGCAUUGAAAAGGUAAAAACUUUGAAAUUUUUAAAAUUUCGAAUUUUUAUUUAGAAAGUGAAAGCUUCAACGUAUUUUACAAACAUCACAAAUUAAAAUUUUACUUUUAACUCCUCAUUGCACAGUGCAAUCUCAAAAAGAAUCUGCACGGUGCAGUCACAUGACCGGUCCGGUGCAAGCAAAAAUAGCGUUUUCAAAGGUUCCUGAGCUAUUGUAAAGAAAUUUUUUAACAUUUUUUGGUUUGUCAAGCAAUUCCUUGUUGUUUUAACAAAAUUUUAAAUUUAGGUAGUCUCCCACUUCAACGCAGCUGAAACCGAAAAGUUGUUGCAACAAGCUCGCCAAAUCCAGCAACUUAGGCAACAUCAGCUGGAAAAACAAAAACAAGAACAGCUUCAGCAACGACUGCCAUUUAAUCUGAACCCCAUGUUCAACCCAAUGAACAUGCCUUACAACCAAAACCCAUUAAUGGCGUUGGCCAAUCAGAACUUAGCUAGCUCGAGUUCAGGCAUGAAUUUUCAGAACCCGGUGAUGACUAUGGCCAAAAUGAAUGGUGGUAUCUUUCCAAAUCAACCUACGUUUCCUGGUUUAAAUGGAUUCUUGGGACAACAAAUGAGUCGAGUUAGGAAUGAGGAGUAAGUGGAAUGAUUUGUUAUAUUGUAGUAGAUCUUUGGUGAAUCAUAUGAUAGAAAAAGAGUUUUUUAAAAGUGAAAAUAUUAUUUUAAGUCAAAAAUAUGAUCUUACAUGACCCAAAAAUGUUAUUUUUAUUAAUUUUGUAGCUUUAGUUUACUCAAAAAUUCAAAUUCAAGUUUUGGCGGAAAAACAAAAUUCAAAUACUUAACCCUGUUUUUGGCUAAAUUAAAGUAUUUUUAUGCAAUUGCAAAACUUGAUUUUUAAAGUAAUUUUACCUAGUUUUUGUAAAAAAAAAUUUUUUAAUUUUGAAUUUCAUUUUUUUCGCCAAAAUUGGAAUUUAAAUUUUUUGGCUAAAAAUAAGCUUUUUAUAUAAAAAAUUAUUAAAAAUAUAUUUUUAGGUGCUAUUUUUAAUGUUUCAUAUUUUUUGCAGGUUUUAAAUACUUAAAAUUGACACAAAAUUCAAAUUCUAAUUUUCCCGCCAAGACUCGAAUUUUAAUUUUUCAUUGAAAUAACACAAAUUUUUCACUUUUUAGCGGAUCACCUCGCAAGAAACGUUCAAAAGUGACCGACUCAGUGCGUGGCCCUCGCUCCAUGGCUGUCCGGGACAAUGGCCAGAGCCUUCAGGCAUCCGCCCGCUCCUCCCCCGCCGCCAACUAUUUCCCACCCACCAUGGUACCACACCCACUCUAUAACAAUGGUCGUUUCGAUGGUGCUUCCGUGGAUGCGGGCUCUCCAUCUAGCAACGAUGAUAGCGAGUACUUCGACGUGGGUCAGAGCACCACCUUGACUCAUAUCCACCUUCGGAAGGCCAAGUUAAUGUUCUUCUACACCAGAUACCCACCGUCGUCGGUGUUGAAAAACUAUUUUCCGGAUAUACAGUUUCACAAGAACAAUACGGCACAGUUGGUGAAAUGGUUCUCGAAUUUUAGAGAGUUUUACUAUAUGAACAUGGAGAAAUUUGCGAAACAGUACCUGGCUGAGGGCAUUACUGAGCCGGAAAUGAUCAAAGUUAACAGUGAUCAUGAGCUUUUCAAAAUUCUGAAUGUUCACUACAACAAAAACAACUUUAUUCAGGUAAGGAAAGGUUUGAAAUGGCAAAGAAGGGCUUAAAAUGGCGAAAAAACGAAAAAAAAUUGAUUGCACUGUGCAACCACUUUUUUGGGUUUUGCACAGUGCAGUUGCUUUUGACUGCCAUUUUUGCUAAAGAUAAAGUAAAAUUGAACUUUAAAAACUUGCUGCUGAUAAGAAAAUGCAUUUUUUAAAAUGAUAAAGCUAAAAAAUGUAAAAAUUUUGACAAUCCUCAUUAUAUUCUGGCACUUUUUGAUUUUUGCACAGUGCAACGGAAUUGAUGGCUUUGCACGGUGCAAAAAUGUUUUAGGCUGUUUUUGGCUAAAUUUGAAUAAGAGAGGGCUUUAAAAUUAAAAAUAUGAUUAAAAAUACUAUUUUUUACCUUUUAAUUUUGAAAUUUUAAAAAUUUCAAAAAAAAUUUUAAAUUUUAAAAUUUUCAGCCUCCCGAAACCUUGCCACAUGUGGUUGAAGUGACAUUGCGAGAGUUCUUCAAAGCCCUCCGGGAUGGUCGAGAUGCCGAGCCGAGCUGGAAGAAGGCCAUCUACAAGGUGAUCCAACAGUACGACGAACAUAUUCCCGAGUUUUUCAAAAGCCCUGCCUUUAUGACACAAUUGGAAGGAAGCGGGUCCGCCUGA